AUGCAGCACGAAGUAGGCCGUCGUCAUCGAGGGAUGAUCGAAGAUGAAGAUGCCGCCAUUGGAAAGCUUGGUGCAGAAUUCGACGAUGCGGGCUGCCUUCUAAUCUCGGAAGUCGAACUGGUUUUCUCGCAACCUGGUGCGCUCAACUCGUCCACCACCUCUACCGCCGAUGGAAGCCGUGAUGAAGUUGCAACCGCCGUGUUUUCCAAAACCAAAGACUACGUAUCCGAGUUCUCUCGCUAUAAAGAUCCAAACACCAUCCGAGAAAUCCGAGAACUUUUGCUCAAGCACGCAAGGCUAGAUGAGAGGCAAGUGGAUGAGGAGGCAAACGAAAUCCAACAAACCGGUCUGCAACUAACGCAGUUCGAAAUGGCUCAGCUGGCUAAUCUGUGUAUUACAGAAGUGGAAGAGGCAAAGGCCUUAAUUCCGACAUUGGCAACCAGAGACGAAGCAAUGUUGGAUGGUGUCUUGCAGGAGAUGGAUAACAUUAGGAGGUUUUCCUGA